ACACCGCUGAAAUAUUUAUCAAAUAGUCAUUGACGAAAUCGUUCCUUGUAGAGACUGAUAGCAACAUUUGCAGCAGCAGACUGUCUUAGCUCAACGGCUUGGACUCCGGAGCAUUUCGAAGUAGGACAGUCCUGACAUCGAAGCCCUUGAUUGAUAAACAAUGGAAACCAGCGGCAACAUUUCGGACUUUCUCUACCCGCUUUCUAAUCCAGUGAUGUCGAACCGCAGUGUGUUGUGCCGAAACUUCAGCAACAGCACCAGUUUUCUGAACAUGAACGGCUCCAGUCGUGACAGUACGGCUGAGCAGGACAAAACUCCAGUGAUAAUCGCGAUCAUCAUCACCACUUUGUACUCCAUAGUGUGUGUGGUGGGACUGGUGGGCAACGUCCUCGUCAUGUAUGUAAUUAUAAGAUACACCAAAAUGAAAACUGCGACCAACAUCUACAUCUUCAACCUUGCACUUGCAGAUGCCUUGGCAACAAGUACUCUGCCAUUUCAGAGUGUCAACUACCUGAUGGGUACAUGGCCUUUUGGAGACGUGGUCUGCAAGAUUGUCAUGUCCAUUGAUUACUACAACAUGUUUACCAGCAUCUUCACCCUCACCACUAUGAGUAUUGACCGCUACAUAGCUGUUUGCCACCCGGUUAAAGCCUUAGACUUCAGAACACCCCGUAAUGCCAAGAUUGUCAACGUGUGUAACUGGAUCCUUUCGUCUGCCAUCGGCCUCCCUGUCAUGGUCAUGGCCUCCACCACUAUUGAGAACCAAAACAGUCCAUUACAGGUUAGCAACUUCGACUGCACUUUACUCUUUCCCCAUCCUCCCUGGUACUGGGAGACCCUCCUGAAGAUCUGCGUCUUCAUCUUUGCCUUCAUCAUGCCUGUGCUCAUUAUCACAGUCUGUUACGGCUUGAUGAUUCUUCGCCUAAAGAGCGUACGCAUGCUGUCUGGCUCCAAGGAAAAGGAUCGCAACCUGCGGCGCAUCACCCGAAUGGUCCUGGUGGUGGUGGCGGUUUUCAUCAUCUGCUGGACCCCAAUCCACAUCUUUGUUAUCAUCAAGGCCCUUGUGACCAUUCCCAACUCUCUAUUCCAGACCGUCACUUGGCAUUUCUGCAUUGCCCUCGGCUACACAAACAGCUGCCUCAACCCAGUCCUCUACGCCUUUCUGGAUGAGAACUUUAAGCGCUGUUUCCGGGAGUUCUGUGUUCCCAGUCCCUCCGUGCUGGACCUGCAGAACUCCACACGCAACAGCAACCCCCAGUGUGAGGGCCAGUCUAGUGGCCACAAGGUAGACAGGAAUAAUCGGCAGGUAUGACUAGUCCUGGAGAUGUCAUCGCUGGAGUCGCGCUGCCAGCCCAGUGUUGACAUGAGCUCAGAGGUCACACAGGUCACCACAGGUGUUUGACACCUUAUAGGGGAAAUUCUAACCCAUAUGAGUUGCAGCAGGUGGCCUUGUCUGAAUCUCUUUAAGCAUCUUGUUUAAGCCUCCUCCAAAGAGUUGUUUCACAUACUUUCUUCAGAGACAGAAUGUCGAUGAGAAACUCACCUUAAACUAGACUUCAGGGUGAGAUUUCUAUUGACUUAUUUGGCAGACAUUUCUUUCCAAUGUGCAUUCAAGCUGUACAUUUUGUCAAUUAACUUUGUCCCCUGGGAUGUUGAGGCACUACCAUUGGAGCUGAAGGAACACAGCUACAUAUAUUGUUGAGGCACUAUCAUUGGCGCUGAAGGAACACAGCUACAUAUAUUGAGAUAAAAUGAAUUAUAUUAUGACAUAUUCUAAAUUACAGAUCUUGUAACAAGCCUAGCUUAUAUGUGAUGUUCACUGUGUUGCAUCAAAUGCAUCCUUGCAUUAGUCCAUCAUUCAAGAACUGUAUAAUAUAAAAAUCCCCUUUAACAUGUAAACAAUUCUUAAUAUGCUGUAUGAAUAAUCAUUUUAUAAGUGAUAAUAUUGCUUUAUUUGUAGACAGCUAAAACAACCCAUCAGAAAAUGUAAAUGAUGUAUUGAGCAUGACAUUUAAUUCUUUCAGCUUUCACUGUAUUUUUCGUUCUUUUUCAACAUAUUUAGAUUUCAAUUUUCUUUCAUGACCAAUAUAACAGUUUGGUUAAAAUGUAUUAUUCAAUUGUGUUCCUUGGGAGUGAGAUUAAUCAUCAAAUGACUGUUGGACGUAACACAGAUUUUCUGUGGACUUCAUAUAAAAGGGAAGAUAAUAAGUUCUUGCAACAAUGGAUAAUUUUCACGCUUCAGUGGUGACAAAUGUAUUGUGCUUGUAUGCUGAUGCAAAUUUCUUGUUCUGAAGUAA